AUGUUUGCUAGAUAUCUUCGUAUUGAUUUCUUAUCACAUUAUGGACAUCAACAUUAUUGUCCUGUAAGUUUACUUCGAGUACAUGGAACAAAUGAAUAUGAAAAAUGGAAAAAAGAACAAGCGGAAAUUAGUACACCUCAUAAUUCUCAACACGUUAAUGAAGGAAAUGAACAAGUUAAAGAAAUUGAAGAUGUUCAACAACAAUAUAAAUCUCAUAUUCAAAAUACUCAUAAUGUAGCAACCAAAAUUGUAAAAUCAAAUGAUAUUCCAAUAAUUAAAGAACAUCCAUUUGAAAAUGAUAAUGAUAUUCAUGGAUAUGAACAACAACAACAAAAUACUGAAAUUAAUGAUGUGAAAAAAACAUCCAUCAUCAUCACCACCGCCACUUCCUCCUUCAUUAAAAAUAAUUUCAUAACACAAGAAAGUAUUUUUAAAACUAUUAUGAAACGUUUAUCUUUACUUGAAUCAAAUUCAAAUUUAUCUAAACGAUACAUUGAAGAACAAAGUAAAAUGAUUAAUGAUAUAAUUUUAAUGAUUGAAUUAUCCAAACAACAUCAAUAUUUAACGAUAACUAAUCAAUUUAAUGAGACUUUGGAUAAAUUGAGAUCAAAUUACGAAUCAAUGUUAGCGUCAUCCUUAAUAAAUUUAAAUAAAAAUCAAAUACAAUUGGAUGAGGAAUUAAAAGAUCUUUAUUCUAAGGUUCAUAUAUUAAUUAAUGAAGUUAUCUUUGCCAAAUGGUUGGGAUUGAUUAGUGUUCUUCUAUUAACAGCUUAUGUUGUCAUAAGUCAAAAUUGGUUUAAUCUUAAAAAAUCAGGCAAAAUUCCUGAAACUAUUGAGCAAAUUCGAUUUCCAACUUUUCGAUCUAAACACAAUUUAAAAAAUUCACGAAAUUUAUUAAUUCGUCCUAUUCGUCAUUAA